GGCCCAGAGCGGAGGCCCCAAGGGGCCCUGGAAGGAGCCAAUGAGGACGCUACUGGCCAUCCUGGCUGUGGGAACCCUGGCGGCCCCCGGCACUGAAGACAGCCCGGCUCUCCUUCAGUACGUGAAAUUCCAGUCCAGCAACUUUGAAAACAUCCUAACGUGGGAAAGCGGCCCGGAGAGCCCCCCAGACACGACCUACAGCGUGGAAUACAAGACGUACGGAGAAAGCGUGUGGCUGGCAAAGAAGGGGUGCCAGGGCAUCACCCGCAAGUCCUGCAACCUGACCAUGGAGACGGGCAACCUCACGGAGCUCUACUACGCCAAGGUGACAGCCGUGCGUCCUGGAGGUCAGCCAUUCCCCAAGAUCUCAGAGAGGUUCAGCUCCCUGCAGCACACGACCAUCAAACCACCGGAUGUAACCUGUGUCCCCAAAGUGAGAUCCAUUCAGAUGAUCAUCCACCCGACACCCACACCCAUCCUGGCAGGAGAUGGCCACCGCUUCACCCUAGAGGAGAUCUUCCAGGACCUGUUCUACCGCCUGGAGCUCCGCGUCAACCACACCUACCAAAUGCACCUUGGAGGACAGCAGAGAGAGUAUGAGUUCCUUGGCCUGACCCCUGAAACAGAGUUUCUCGGGACCAUCAUGAUUUUGGUUCCCACCUGGUCCAAGGAGAGCGCGCCCUAUGUGUGCAGAGUGAAGACACUGCCUGACUGGACUUGGACCUACUCCUUCUCGGGCGCCAUCCUCUUCUCCAUGGGCUUCCUUGUGGCUGUGCUCUGCUACCUGAGCUACAGAUACGUCACCAAGCCACCUGCGCCUCCCAGCUCCCUGGAUGUCCAGCGAGUCCUGACCUUCCAGCCUCUGCGCUUCAUCCAGGAGCACGUGCUGAUCCCUAUCUCUGACCUCAGCGGCCCCAGCAGCCUGGUCCAGCCCAUCCAGUACUCCCAGGUCAUGGUCUCUGGCCCCAGGGAGCCCUCAGGAGCGACACAACUGCAUGGCCUGCCUGAGAUGGCCUACUUGGGGCAGCCAGAUGUCCCCAUCCUCCGGCCUUCCAACCUCCCCUCUCCUCCAACAUCCUCCCCUCCUCCAUACACCCCAAAGGAUACCCCUGAGCUCAGCCCCCCGUCCUAUGCACCUCAGACCACCCCUGAAGCUAAAGCCCCUUUCUAUGUUUCACAGCCCGUCUCCAAGGUCCAGGCUCCCUCUUACACCCCCCAGGCCACUCUGGACCACUGGCCUGCCUCCUAUGGGGUAUGUAUGGGAGAGUCUGGCAAUGACUCCCCCACUCGGACCCUUUCUAGUCCCAAGGCCAGAAAGAUCAAACUGAAAGAUCCACUCCAAAGAGAGACGCGGACAGGUAGCUGCCUGUCAGGAGACUUGUCUCUACAGGAAGUGACUUCCUUGGCCAUGGAGGAUCCCCAAGAAGUGAAAUCACUUCCUCAGACUCUGGGGCUUUGCAUGGACAGAGUCCCUGACCUGGAUAUGUUACACAGUGGGGAUCCAGGGACAUCCUCCUACCUAAAGGACCCGCUCUCCCUCCUCUCCUCAGUCCAGAUCGAAGGCCACCCUGUCUCCCUCCCUUUGCACUCCCCUCCCCUCUCAUGUUCCUCCUUGCACCAGGGCAUAAGUCUGCUAGAGUCCCUGGUGUGCUCCAAGGAGGAGGGAGCAGCAGCCGAGGCCGGGGCCACGUGCCCUGGGGUCUCAGGGCUGGAGCAGCCCUUGGAGGUAGACUCACUUUUCAAAGAUCUGGCCUUGACUGUGCAAUGGGAGUCCUGAGGGUGGACGGGCCUUGGCUCCCUCUUGCCACCCCUGGCAGGCUCUCCUUGGCUGCCAGCCCCAUGCCCAGCCAUGGCACAUGUGCUGUAGCCCAGCCCAGGAGAAAGCAGAGGAAGAGGACACAGGACCUGCCAGCGUGCAUUCCCAGGGAUCUACAAGCAUCAAGAGGAUGCCGGUGGAGGAGCUGCAUGCCUGCAUGUGCAAAUGACCUGUGCCAAAGAACCUGGCAGGGAAUGGCAGACAGAGAGCAGGGAGGAAUGCAGGGAACCUGCUGGAAAACCGAGAAUGGCUCACCCCGUGCCUGGUAAUCUAGCUCAACUGAGAAUGAGGUGUUUCCCUCCUCUGGAGAAAGGAGGCUGAGCAGAACCAGGCCAAGCUGUGUUUCUGCUAAGGUGGGAAGUGGCACUGUGGCUGGCCUAUAGGCAGGGACACCGCCAGCAGCUCACUCCCCAUCAGAAAUGAACCUCUGCCACAGUCCAGUGUCCCUCCUGGGCUGGAGGCUUCACCUCACAACCAAGCCACAGACUGUGCAAGUUCUGCAGGCAGGACUGAUGUCUCAGACCUAUCCUGAGAUUGGGAUUUGAAAGGAACCCAGAGCCACGGAAGCCAAAGGAGGAGAGGUACGCACCUGGCAACUUGGGAAACAGCCUUGGUUAGGCUCAGUCCAUCGGGGUUCAAAUUCCAGCCUUGCCCUGUGCCAGCUGUGUGACUUCAAGCAAGGAAACCACUGCUCAGAACCUCAAUGUCCACAUCUGCCUGCUGGACCACACAGGGGUCGUGUGCAGAGGAGAUUCGAGUCUGCGAACUACUUGUG